GCCGGUGGCGCUCGCGCUGCGGCCCGGCUGCGGCAGCGGCGGCGGAACGAGGCUCCUGGUCCGGUGCGGUGCGGUCCGGUCCGGUCCGGUUCUGUCCGGCCCCGUCCAGCCCGGUCCGGCCCUGUCCCGGUCCGGCGUCCCCUCAGCGUCCCCGCCAUGGCGCUGCUGCGGGCGGCCGCGCUGCCCGCUGAGGGGUCUCCGGCCUGGCUGCCCACCCACGUCCAGGUGACGGUGGUGCGGGCCCGCGGGCUGCGGUGCAAGGGCGGCGGCGGCGGCAAACCGGGCACCAGCGACGCCUACACCAUCAUCCAGCUCGGCCGCGAGAAGUACAGCACCUCGGUGGCCGAGAAGAGCACGGGCAGCCCCGAAUGGCGAGAGGAGUGCGCCUUCGAGCUGCCCCCGGAGCUGGGCGGCGCGGCGGGCCCGGCCCGCGCCGGGCUGCUGCUCACCGUCAUGCACCGGGCGCUGGUGGGCAUGGACCGCUUCCUCGGCCAGGCCACCGUGCCCCUGGAGCCCGCCCUGCAGCGGGGCCGAGCGCCCGACGAGCGGUGGUACAAGCUCCACUCCAAGGCUGGGAAGAAGGAGAAGGAGCGUGGUGAGAUCCUGGUGAGCAUCCAGUUCACACGCAACAACCUCACAGCCAGCAUGUUCGACCUGUCCAUGAAGGACAAGCCACGGUCACCCUUCGGGAAGCUGAAGGACAAGGUGAAAGGCAAAAAGAAAUACGACCUGGAGUCAGCCUCUGCCAUCAUCCCCAGCAGCAUGGGUGCCCUGGACAUGGAGGAUGACUAUGACACUGGGGGCAAGAAGUCCAAAGUCAAAGGCUUCUUUCUGAAGAACAAGCUGCGCAAGUCGUCCCUGACACAGUCCAACACGUCCCUGGGAUCCGACAGCACCAUCUCCUCUGCCAGCCUGGGCCUGGCUGCCAACGUCCCUGAGCUGCCCAAAUCCCCCAGCAGACACAGCAGUCUGUCCAUGGAGCGCUCUGUGAAAGACUUCCUCCCCUCUCCGAAGCUGACCCACAAGAGAGCGUUCAGUGACGACAUCUCCCAGGUCAGCCCCGUGCUGGAGCCCAAAGCACCUCAGGACCUGGAGCCAAAGAGCGACCCGGUGUGCCGUUCCUCCCUCUGCAUCAACGGCAGCCACGUCUACAGGCAGGAGCCUGCGGCCAGGAGCCCGCUGCCCCCUGCGGCCCGGCGCCAGCACGACGCCUUCGCCUUCCCCCCCAUCCAACCCCACUGCCACGACGGGCCUCAGCAACGAGAGGAGCCCAGGUUCAUCCCCUCCCCUCCCAGCUUAGCCCUGCAGGAGGAGCUCAAGGUGUCCACCAAAGCCGUCACUCUGAGUAACCACCUGGGCAGAGCCAGGAUGGAGGAGAACGGUCGCCUGGAGAGCAAAGCCGGCCAGGCCUCGGCGGCCUCCGUGGAAACGGGGAAGGACAAGCAGGCUGAGGAAAGCAGGAGGGAAGAGAAGAAAGCCAAGGGUGGGCUGUUCCAGCACGGGGGCAACACGGGGAGCAAAGGGCAGGGGGAGAAAGCGGGACCCUCCCCCGGCCCAUCGGCGGCAGACGAGAGGAGUAAAGGCAGCGGCUGGUUUGGUUCAAAGGAGCCCAAAGAGUCCCCUCAGAAACCCAGUUUCCCGUCUGGGCCACACACAUCACCAGAGGUCGCUGGGAGCUUUUAUUCCUCUGAGGAUUGCAGCCCCUCUGCCUCCCAAAGACAUAAAGACUCGGAGAGGGAAUCUCCAGCCCAAAGCGUUUGUCUCCCCGUUCCAGAAACCACUCCUCCAUCACAAGGAGACCUUCCUCCUCCUCCUCCUCCUCAUGAGAAACCCUCCGUCCCCUCUCCCCUCUCGGAGUGGGACGAUACCUUCGAUGCCUUUGCCACCAGCAGGCUCAAACCCGAGCUGAAGGACAGCUUGCUGGCCUCGGUGGUGGCGGAGGGGAUGGCUUUCAUCGACGAGCCCGACGGCGCCAGCCCCACCGAGACAAUGGCCGAGGCGGCUGCCGGGAAGGGGACGAAGGCCGAGGCGCAGACGGCCGCUGAAAUGCCUCCAGCUCUGAGGCCUUGGACUAACUUCUCCGGGUUAGAUGUCGGGGCAAACUUGGUGAGCACGACCCAAGAAGCGACCGUCAUCGAGGACGUGCUGAGCCCCGUGUCCGCCGGCUCCGUGGGGAGGAGGAAGAGCAGCACGCCCACGGUGUGGACAGCAGCCUUCGCGGGGGACAAGGAGCCUCCCACCCCGGGCACGGCUGAACACAGCGCGAGGGAGGAAGGGCAGGGCCACGAGGAGGAGCCUUGUAGUGCGGGGACCAACGGCUGGAUGACCAUAGCCACCGAAACCGCCCCCGACCCGCCGGAGAGCAGCCGCAGCGUGGCGGCAGGGGAGCCGCCGGGUGCUUUCGGGCCGCGCUCGCCCUUCCUCAGCGACGCCUCCUUCCAGGCCUCGCGCAGCUCCCGCUCUGCCGCCUGCGUCUUGCCCAGGAGCAGCUUCUCCCCUGAGCCUCCCCCCGAGCCCUCGCUGGCCGGGAGCCCCUGUGCCGGGAGCGAGGGCCGAGCGCUGGACGUCCGGCCCUCGGUGUUGCGGCUGCAGGCCGGCAUGGGGCUGGGGGCCGGCCCGGCUCGCCUGCAGCUCGGCCCCGACCUGCGGGACAGACACGUGGUGCUGUCCCCGUGGAUGGGGCCCCAGCACAGGGAGGAGGGGGCUGUGGGUCCCGCCGUGCCGCCCCCCAAACCUCCCCGCUGGUUCACGGGUGAGGAGGAGGGUGUUUGCCACCCGCAGCUGAGGGAAGAGGCUGAGGGGCUGGAGGCCCCUGAGCUGUUGAGCCAUCGGAGCAGCGAGGCCGCCAUCCCGGCCUCCUCCGUCCCACCAGCGCUGGGGGCGGAUGGAGCCGAAGGCGACGGCGAGUUCCCGACCUCUGAGGAUGCCAAAGCGGCCCCUGCGGACUCGGCAGCCGCCUGGGAGGCGAGAGCUGGGGAGCUGGCGGAAGGGGCCACCCCUGUGGCAGGAGACUGCUCGGAGAGGAGCCAGGGCCACGCGUCGGAGCAGCUCCGGGCUUGCCCGUGGGAGCUGUCCCGGGAUGGAUCAGGCCAGGCGGCUUCGGCCAGGUGGGGGCCGAGCGGGAGGCGGCUUCCAGCCAGGAGCCGUUCCCCGAGGGACUCACCCCCCCUGCCCAGCCAGACCUGGGCCAGCCCCAGACCUUGUGGACGGCUCUGGAGGAGCAGGAGGCAGCCAGACAGCCCGCGGGGCUGAGCCCGAGGUCAGCGUGUGGGGACGGCCCCGCGGGGCGGGGCGGGCAGGGGACCGGCCUGAGCCCUGUGCCGCCGUGGUGGGGGCAGAGCGGGGCGGCCCCCCCGGCAGCCAGCCCUGCUC